AUUUCAGGUCAGCAUUCAUGGCUGCUGAUAACAGAGAUGCUGAAGCUCCUCACACCGACCCCGACAUGAACAUACAGGGUGUAGGUGAGGGCGGGAUGAUGAAGGCGGCGGCGGAGGACUCGCUCUCGCUGACCGGCAGUUCAGCCAUUCGGUGUCGCAACGUUUGUCGCUCCUACGGUAAACUGCGGGUACUCAGCAACCUCAACCUGACCGUCCCGGAGGGCCAGAUUUACGGGUUGCUGGGCCCGAGCGGCUGUGGUAAGACCACUCUGCUGAAAUGCAUUGUGGGAACUCUGAAGAUCUCGAGAGGUUACAUCAGCGUGCUCGGGAAGCCGCCGGCAUUUCCGGGACACGAAGUUCCGGGGAAGAUGGUGGGAUACAUGCCACAGGAAAUCGCGUUAUAUAACGAGUUCACCAUCAGCGACACCCUCUGGUUCUUCGGCCGAAUCCACGGCCUCUCGUCAGAGGACACGCGCAAACGGAUCAAGUUUCUCAUCGACUUCCUGGACCUGCCGCAGAAGAACAGCCUGGUCAGAAACCUCAGUGGAGGUCAGAGGCGGCGCGUAUCGCUCGGUGCUGCACUGCUUCAGAACCCUCGUCUCCUGAUCCUCGAUGAGCCCACAGUGGGAGUGGAUCCUGUUCUACGAGCCAAAAUUUGGCAGCACCUGGUGGAGAUCGUGAGGGACGGACGGGUAUCGGUCAUCAUCACCACGCAUUACAUCGAGGAGGCCAGGCAGGCCAACACGGUGGGGUUGAUGAGGAACGGCAGGCUGCUGGCUGAAGCUGAACCAGAGGCCAUCAUGAAGAAGCACAACGCAGUGACGCUGGAGAGCGCAUUCCUGCAGCUGUGUGAGGACUCGGAUCAGGUGGGGCCGAAAGACGAGUCUCAGGGUCACGUGCACAGCAACGGCUCGUCUCCGGACAGCCCGAAGGACGAGAGCAGAGAGCCCAUUCUGAGGAGGGACCUAACGCUGGGUGCAGACACCCCCAAACAUAAAGCCGACUGGAAGGUGAAAACUCGACACGUCAUUCCGAAAUGCCGGAACAUCGCGGCACUGAUAAUGAAAACAAUGGUGCGAAUGAGGAGGAACCCAGGUUCUCUGUGUUUUCAGUUCCUGUUGCCGGUGAUUCAGAUCUGUUUGAUGUGUUUGUGUAUUGGUGGAGACCCGCAGGGCAUCGAGGUGGCUGUGGUCAAUAACGAAAGCGGUUCCAGUUCUUACAGUCAUUUAUUCCUGUCCUUCCUCGACAACACCAGCGUCCACCAGGUCAACCUGUCCCACUCUGAAGCGUUCGACGGCGUCCAGAAUGGCAAGUACUGGGGCAUCAUCGAGUUUGGUGAGAACUUUACCAGCUACCUGACCAAGAGAAUGUUCCAGCCCAUGGUCUCCAAAGAUGUGGUUGAAGGGGGAUCCGUCCACGUCUGGCUCGACUUGACAAAUCGACAAAUAGCAAUAAUGCUACAAAAGAAAAUACUCGAGGCAUUUCAGGCUUUUAUUGAGAAUAAAAUGGGCAGUAAAUCGUAUUUGGUCUCAGUACCGAUAAAGUUUGAGAAGCCAAUAUAUGGCAGUGAGAACACCACAUUCACCACGUUCGUGACUCCAGGCGCCGUCCUCAGUAUAACGUUUUACCUGGCGGUGGGACUCACUGCUCUUUCCUUUGUUUUGGAGAGGAAGGAGGGCAUGCUGGACAGGUGCUGGGUAGCAGGAGUGAGUUCUCUUGAGACCAUGCUGGCUCAUCUCCUCUCUCAGCUUCUGGUCAUCAGCGUCCAGAUCAUCCUGCUUCUACUCUUCAUCCUGCUAGUCUUCAAGAUUCCUAACGAGGGAUCCCUGGUGCUCGUCGUCUGUCUGAUCGUUCUACAGGGUGUGACCGGGAUCUCGUUCGGACUGGUGAUCUCCUCGGCCAUCGACGACGAGCAGUCGGCCAAUCAGGCUGCUCUCGGCAUCUUCUACCCAAACCUCAUCCUCAGCGGAGUCAUUUGGCCGGUGGAGUGUAUUCCGUAUCCGCUGCGUUACCUGAGCCUGGUGCUGCCUCAGACCUACGCGUCAGAAGCCCUGCGAUGCAUUAUGUACCGAGGAUGGGGAUUGUCGCGCAUGAUGGUGUGGCGGGGCUUCGCCAUCACUUUUGGCUGGAACACCUUCUUCCUCAUGCUGGCCACCAUCAUUCUCAAGCUGAGGACGUAAGCCAAGCCGAACCUGAAGGAUUCCAGAGCUGAAGAGAAAAGACGGGCGAGUGUCAGGCUGUGAGGAGACCAGGCCUCUCUUUCUCUUUUUAGGGGGGAUGAAGGAUGACCGGGACUGCCAGUCGGCCUCUGAUGUUCAGUUUUAACCUGGGUGCUGAUCGGAUGAACAUUUUCACAAGAACCAGAGCCAAACACCUCAGGGAAGCCAUGAGUACAGAGACCUGCUGUUUCAUUAGCAUGUCACCAGCGAGCGCCCUGCUGUUUGUGAUGUACAAUUAUAUGUGAUGUAGAACGCAGAUGUGAACUUAACAGGAUAUUUUGAACGUAGAGUCUAUACCCUGCACUGUAAAUCAUUUAUCUUUAUUUUAUUGUGUACCAUGAUGUGUUCUGUGGUCUGCAUUAACUGUCACGAGUGCCAUGAAGUGUUGAGAGAAAUAAUGCAUGUUUACAUUUGUCAGAAUUUUUACACUGUACUGAAAUCUAAUAGCACAUGUACUGUACUGUACUGUACUGUAUACUUAAUGUGUUUGUGAAGCCUCCUAGCACACAAAAAGCCGUUGACCCUGUCCACACAGAUGCAGAUAUUUUUUGGUAUGUUGGUGGUAUGUGUUAGCAGGAGUGUGUAUUAUUAUUGUGUUAUUUACAUGGGAUAACAUGCUCAUGUCUGCGAUUCUACAGCGUUGUGGAGCUCGUGUGUGGAUUCAGUGUGACAGAAACAGAAAAUAUUUUUAAAAAUGCUUUAAAAUGAAGCACAUUUGUGUGGACAGGAGAUUUUCCAAGAGUAUUUUGGCUGGACAGUGUUAAUUACAACGGAGUUAUAUCAUUUAUAAAACAU